AUGUAUGUGUCUACCUGGCCCGAUAUCUUCCAUCUCUCAAUAUCCACACCAGAGCUGGUCAACACGCUGAGGCUGAUGGGCCAACAGGUCAAGUGGCCCCCAAAGAUAAAAGCACCUGACUCAUUCCGGAACCCGGGACUCUGGUGCGACUUCCAUCGCGAUCACGGCCACAAAACUGAAGACUGUGUCGCCCUGAAGAUCGAGGUCAACGAACUGCUCCAAAAGGGACAUCUCCGAGAAUUCCUUUCAGAGAAAGCCAAGGCUCAUCUUAGCAAAGACGCAUCAGGGAAAUCCAAAGGAGACGCACCAAGCUCACCACCUCGCCAGGAUCGGGUGAUUCAUGUCAUCUCAGGAGGCUAUGAAGUAAGUGGUGUGAGUCAUGCAGCUGCGAAGAAGAGCACCCGUAAUGCUAAACACGGCCUGGAGACUGCUCAACCUAAACGCCUACUUCUUGGUACCGACGAAAUAAGCUUCACAGCCAAGGAGCAAGAGAAGAUGUUAGCUCCCCACCAUGACGCUCUAGUUGUCUCUCUCACCAUAGUGAACUGUUUGGUGAAAAGAAUACUAGUAGACAAUGGGUCCUCCAGCAAUAUCAUCUUCCUGACGGCGUACCAAGACCUAGGGUUAGAGGAGAAUAACCUGACGUGCAAAGUAACUCCACUCAUCGGGUUCAGCGGAGAGGUCAAGCAAACCGCUGGGGAGGUUGUUCUACCAGUAUAUGCUGAAGGGAUCAACCUAUCUACCAAAUUCCUGGUCGUGGACUGCCAAUCGGCAUACAACAUGAUCUUAGGACGACCCUAG